AUGAGUGAAAAGAGUAGGCCUGAGGCUAUGAGGUUCGAAACGCUGAAGGCGGCCGGGGGCGAAGGACUGGCAGCGAGGCUGGGCAGGCUUGUGCUCCCACAGCGUCAGGCCGUCGACACGCCGAAUUACUUUGCCGUAGCGUCCAGAGGAGUGGUGCCUCACUUGACCCAAGACACCAUAGCAAGGCAUGGCGGGCUCUGCGGGGCUUAUAUGGCCAUGGAAGACUUGGUCGAGAAGUCUCAGAAGAAGAUCACGAGGAUACCAGCCGUACAGAAAGUCCCUGCGGCAGAUGGGAAGCGUCUCCAUGCCUUCACAGCAUUACCUUCGUCUUCAGUCACGAUAUUGGGACCACGCAGGGUCCCUCCAGUUAAGGCCCCCAUCGGUAACAGUGACAACUACAUCCAGAUUUUCACCUCCAAUGGCUUUCAGGCUCUGAGAAAUCCAGACUAUGUUGACGCCAUCCAGGCGUUAAAGCCGGACAUCGCAAUCCCCCUGGCUGAUAUCAACUAUGGCCAAGAGAGGACGCCACAAUCCAAGAGCCUCCACAGGAUGUGCGAGCGAACAGAAGAGUGGAUAUCUGAGCUUCAUGCGUCCGUGGAUUUGGACGAGCUCCGGUCGUCGGACACCUCCAUCUUUGCGCCAACAUUACCCGCCCCAUAUCCCAUGCAGUGGGAGUACCUGAACCGCCUGUCAGAUGACAUUGUCGACAUACUGAGCGGCCUCGCCAUCUACGACGUAGACAUCCUCCCGGACCUGGUCAACUACCCAGCCCUGACGCCCCUCGCCCGGCUCUCCGUCGACCCCCCAGCAACCCCACACGACGUCCUCCGUCAGAUCGCCCUCGGAAUCGACACCUUCAUCCUACCCUUCAUCAACGCCACUUCCGACGCGGGCGUGGCCAUGACGUUCACCUUCCCAGCGCCGACAGGGCAGCCCAACAACAGCGACGCAGCGGGCGGGACCGCCCUCCUCCCGCUGGGGACGGACCUCACAUCCCCGGAGAACACGACCGCCCUGACGCCCCUCGUUGGCUCCUGCACCUGCUACGCCUGCACGCACCACCACCGCGCCUACCUGCACCACCUCCUCAACGCGCGCGAGAUGCUCGCCUGGACGCUCCUCCAGGUCCACAACCACCACACCGUCACGACCUUCUUCGCCGGCGUCCGCGCCUCCCUGGCCUCGGGGACCUUCGAGGACGACCGCAGGGCCUUCCAGCGGGCGUACGAGCCCGAGUUGCCCGCGGGCAUGGGGACGCGGCCCCGGGCGAGGGGGUACCACUUCAAGACCGAGGGCGGGGACGAGAAGAGGAACAAGCCCACGUGGGGCCGCCUCCAUGAGGAAAAGGACAAGGACAAGGAGGCGGAGAAGGCGGUGGCUGUCGCGCAGAAGCUGCGGGCGGGCGGGAUGGAGACUCCUCUGGCGCCUGAUGCGGAUGUGGAUGCGGCUGACCUGGUCCGGGAGGGGUUUGCCGAGAUAGAUAUUAACAAGGCGCAAGCCGGCUAG